GUUAGUCUUUCGAUAACACAUCUUCCAUCAGUUAGUCUGACCAUCAGCGGUGGUUUUCAGUUUUUUAUUUUCUUUUUUUAAAAUCUCUCGACAAUGAUUCAAAAAUUGUAUAAUUAGUAUGAAUAUUUUUUUAUUUACAUAAAAAUAAAUAAAUUUUGUGAUAAAUAUGAUUGAAUAAUGUAGCAACUGGAAAUUAAAUUUAAAAACUUAACUUUUUUUAACCAAACAUAUUGCACAAUAUUAUAUAAAACAUAAAAAAUAUGAAAAUUUAAAUUCUUUUUAACUAAAUGGUGAUUUUUUAAAAAGGAUAAAAUAAAAUAUUAGAAAUACGCGGAAAAAAUUUAAAUUUGAAAAAAAGUCAGUUUAUAAUGAAAAAUAACAUGAAAGUUUAUCAUUUACACGUGGUGAAUGUAAAUUUGUGACAUAAAUAAAAUGAUACAAGCUAUGAGAUAAAAUUUUUAGAAGAUCAGGUGACAAUUGGAUAAUAAAAUUCAGAAAUGGUUUUAAUUAAAACAUAAUGUUUUCGUGCUUCCCAAGACCAAGUAUUUUAAGCCAAAGGGGUAGUAUUAAUCUUACUCCCCUCCCCACUAAUGAAAAUUCGAUUUCUACAAGCAGUUAUCACAUUUUGGAAAAAGACAAAAAUGACGAAUUCCAGAACGGAAAUCCAAGAGAACCAGUUGCAAUGAACUACAAGCAUUCUAAUGAUUCACACCUCUAUAUUAGUGUAAUACGAUCUCACCCAGAACCUACGGUUUUAAAUGGAACAGGACCGCCUUCGAAUUCCAAACUUGUAAAUUUAUCUUCUCCUUCGACACUAUAUAUUAGUCCCAAUGAGGAAAGAAUUGAAAGCCAAGAUGAUCGGCUAUCUUCACCACCUCUUACACCUGAAUGGGAACAUCCCCCAAGUAAUCCUAGGGGUGGUGUUAUUGGGAGGACACCUACACCUCCAUCUGCACCCACACCUGUCUACGAAAAGGAUAACAGGUCUAAACAACAAAUCAAAAGAGCAAUUUUGGAAAAUGAAUUUCUGGGCAAUCUUGAAGAGAACCAAGUGGAAGCUCUUGUCUCUGCAAUGUACCCUAAGCAAAUACCUUCGAAUACUCUAGUUAUAUGUGAAGGCGAUAUUGGUUCACAUCUUUAUGUUUCUGCUGAGGGUGAAUUUGAUAUAUACGAGGGUAGUAAGUUUCAAAGAAGUUUUGGGCCCGGAGUUGCUUUUGGUGAAUUAGCACUUCUAUACAAUACUAAAAGACUACGUUCCAUCAGUGUGAAGAAAGGUGGUAAAGUAUGGGUUCUAGACAGAUCUGUAUUUUUGACUGUGAUGAUGAGAAGCGCUCAGGAUCGAUUAGAAGGAAAUAUUCGAUUUUUGAGACAAGUCUCUGUUCUGCAAAAACUUCCAGAACCAAAGGAGCCAAUUCUAGCAAAAAUUUCCGACUUACUGCGAAUUGAAUUUUUUCCUGCUGAGGCCCGAAUUGUUCGCCAGGGAGAAAAAGGUGAUAAAUUUUAUAUUAUAAGUGGAGGAAAUGUUAGGAUAACAAAAGACACCGAUUACGGAGGAGAAGAGGAACUUGUUGUUCUUGGGAAAGGACAAUAUUUUGGAGAAAAAGCUUUAUACGAUGACGAGGGAGAUAAUCGAAGACAUGCAAAUGCCAUAGCUCUUGCACCAGUAGAGUGUCUUACACUAGAUAGAACAUCAUUCUUCAAUUACUUAGGAAGUCUCGAUGAAAUAAGAAAUAAAGACUGGCGAGAAGAAUACGAGAAACAGAAAAGAUCCUUGACGCCUAAAAAAUGGACUAAUGAAUAUGCAGAUCUUACUUUGUCGGAUCUGAGAACAAAAGGCACUUUAGGCGUUGGAGGAUUUGGAAGAGUUGAACUUGUGAUUCCUGAAAAGGAUCAAGAAAAAAGUUUUGCUUUGAAGAAAUUAAAAAAAAAGGUUAUGGUCGAUCAACAACAACAAGAACAUGUAUUAAAUGAAAAACACAUAAUGCAGGCUUGUGAUUCUCCAUUUAUAUGCAAAUUGUAUCGGACUUAUAAGGACACGAAGUAUGUCUACUUUUUGAUGGAAGUAUGUUUGGGAGGUGAUGUUUGGACAACUUUGCAACGAAGGCGAAUCUUUGACGACUCAACUGCUCAGUUUAUGGUUGGAUGUGUAGUAGAAGCUCUGGAUCAUCUUCAUUCGUUAAACAUUGUGUAUAGAGAUUUAAAACCCGAAAAUUUAAUGCUGGAUAGUCGAGGGUAUCUUAAACUGGUUGAUUUUGGCUUUAGUAAAAAAAUUGGACCUGGUAAAACUUGGACUUUUGCCGGAACACCAGAAUAUGUAGCGCCAGAAAUUAUUUUAAACAAGGGACAUGACAGGGCAGUGGACUAUUGGGCUUUAGGAAUAUUAACCCAUGAGUUGUUAGUAGGAAAACCACCAUUUCGAGGAUCAGAUCACAUGACAACUUACAACAAAAUUCUCAAAGGAGUCGAAAUGGUUGCGAUUCCUAGCAUUGUUAAUAAAAAUGCGAAUAAUUUAAUAAAAAAAUUGUUACGACUUAAUCCUUCAGAACGACUUGGUUACCAACGAAAUGGCAUUCAGGAUAUUCGAGAUCAUAAGUGGUUCUCAAAUUUUAAUUGGCCAGCAUUACAGAGAUUAGCUUUGCCUGCACCUAUUGUUCCUACUAUAAGAAAUCCUAUUGACACAAGAAACUUUGAAAGAUAUCCACCAGAUCGAGAAUUACCACCUGACGAAUUUUCUGGCUGGGAUAUGGAAUUUUGAAACUAAAUAAUGUAUCAAGAAACAGAAUCUCUGAAGAGAAAAUUUUUUAAUACUACUUCUAGAGAUAUUCAGCGGCUACUAGAAAUUAGAAUAUCUUAUCAGUUAUAACAGCGAUUUCCCUGGAUAUUCUCUAGAAAAUCUAAUUUCCGAAAAUUGUCACAGGAUAUUUAUAAGAUGUCCGGAAAUAUUUGGUGAUGUAAAAGAUUUAUAGAAUACUAUAUAAUUACUUUUGUCAUAGAUUUUUAAUACUAAUAUUUUAUUACCGAUGAUACAUAGUAAAAUUAAGUAUUUUUUGUAUUUUUAGAAAUAUUUUAUACAUGUAAUGCUGUGUUUAUAAUAGAACGACUUUUUUAAACUAAUGGUGUUUCACUAUGGCAAGCAGUGAUUGUCUUUCAAAAAUUGGCUCCUUGUAGGUGCAUUUAAUUUAAAAAGUAUUUUUCUCUCAACUCGGAUAGAAACGGAAAAAUCUAAAAAAAUACCCGUUAUCCUGAAAUGUUGUACUGUCAUUUACGCACAAGAAAUUGAAAAUUCAUUACGAUAAACAUCGUCAAGAAGUAAAAUAAGAAAUUUUUGUAGCCGUUAGGUGCUGCUCCAGACGGUAAAUUUCAGUAGUAAGCAAAUGUUUAUACUCUUCCUAUUUUACUUCCUGUCGUUUUAUAUGUGAAUAAAUCUUUAAUUUCUUGGAGGAAAAUGAAAGUACACAAACUCAGGAUAACUGGUAUUUUUUCCGAUUUUGCCAUUUCUGUCCGAGUUGGGAGAAUAAUAUUUUUGAAAUUAUAUGUACCUCAUUUUGAAAAGACAACCACUGCUUGCCAUUACGGAACACUGUUAAAGAAAAUUAAAAGAUAUUCAUAGAAGAAAGAGUAAACUUAAACAAAAUUAUAAGUAAUUUAAGAAUUUUUUGUAACAAUAAUAAAAAGAACAUUACUAGUUUAUGUAAAAAA